AUGUCCAACUCGAGGUCUGUGCUGGGGUGCAUCGCGCUGCUCACGAUGGUCUCAGCGACGUUCGAGGUGGGCAGUGCCCAAACGGCGGUGGGAUACCAGCGCUGCAGAAUGUUCUGCGGUAUCUCGGAGCCGGUCCGGAGGCAGUGCUGCUGGCAGUACAGGAUCUGCUGCCUGGGCAGCGACUCCCUGGGUGGCCUGGGAGGACUGGGAGGCCUCGGGGGCCAGGGCGCCCUGGGAGGCCUCGGGGGCCUGGGCGGCCUGGGCGGCGGAUUGGGCGGUGUCACAGGCCUGGGUGGCUUGGGCGGCAUCGUAGGGAGUAUCGGCUUCUUUCCGACUACCUACCAGCAGGGAUACGACGCAAGAACCACCGAGGGCGAACUCGACCCUCGCGUGGCGCCCUUCAAGCGCUAACGACCGCCGUACAUUGUUUGCAUUAAAGUUGUCAUUGUGCUACGAUAGUGCGAAAAAUCGUCCGACUUUGACAUUCCGUCAA